CGGAUCAAGUUUGAAUGACGCGCAGCAGCCUUGCUCUGGAGGUGCCAGGAGCAUUUGUGCUAAUUACUCAAAGUGUGUGUCAAAGGGCGCGCUGAUCCAGGAUGGAGAUGAAGAAAAGAAUUCACCUAGAACUGCGGAAUCGCACUCCGUCAGACGUGAAAAAACUUGUGCUGGAUAACUGUCGCUCCAAUGACGGCAAGAUUGAGGGCCUAACAGAUGAAUUUGAGGAGCUGGAAUUACUGAGCACAAUCCGUGUUGGACUGACCACAGUGGCACACUUGCCCAAACUUAAAAAACUCAAGAAGCUCGAACUCAGCGAAAACAAGAUCUCAGGAGGCUUGGAAGUUUUGGCAGAGAAAUGCCCCAACCUCACACAUCUGAACCUCAGCGGCAACAAGAUUAAAGACCUCAGCACCAUUCAACCUUUGAAGGAACUGGGCGCCCUGAAAAGCCUGGACCUGUUCAACUGCGAAGUGACAAACCAGAGCGAGUACAGAGAAAGUGUUUUCAAGCUACUGCCACAGCUCACGUAUUUGGAUGGAUACGACAAAAACGACAAAGAGGCACCGGAUUCAGACUCCGAGCUUUACCCUGAAGGCUGGGAAUAUGAUGAGGAAGAUGAGGACGAUUUAGAUGAGGAGGACUAUGAUGAAGAUGCUGCACCGGGAGAUGAAGAGGAGGAAGAAGGCGAGGAAGAAGAUGAGAAUGAAGAGGAGGGCCUUAGUGGAGAGGAGGAUGAGGAGGAGGAGCUCAAUGACCGAGAGGUAGACGAUGAGGAGGAGGACGAGGAAGAGGAGAAAGAGGAAGAGCGGGGUCAGAAGAGAAAAAGGGAAGUGGAUGAAGAAGGAGAGGAUGACGACGACGACGACUGAGAGUCAUUUGGAGGCUCGAUCGGUUGCUUUGAACUUACGUAUGUCCCAGUCUUUUUCCCAGUGUCUUUCCCUGCAGUAGAGAGCUUUGGUUCUUUGCACCUUUGUACACCUUUGAUGCUCUUUACAGUCCACUUUCAACUGCGUCGCAGACACAUUUUGUAAGAUAAAACAAGGCGAGGAUACACCUUUCCUUUUUAAAACCACAUUUGUUUUGUACAAUACCAGUUUGUGAAUUGUGAAGACCUGUAUUUUAAUUUUAAAAAGUCAAAGCAAGGAAAAAAUGCAUGUCAUGUAGUCGACUAAGUAGUGCAGUCCAGUAGCCAUGACUGCUACGACUGGUAGCCCAGUAAUCCCAUCAAAUCCACCUAAAAGGGAUUUUUUUUUUUUUUUACAUUUGCAUUGGACUUUAUUUAUUUCAACUAAGUUACGUGUCUUCAUAUGCUGUCCUGAUGUACAACUUGUGUAUGAAAUAUGCCGAGUGUGGCACGCUUUUCAAUGAUCACACCCUUGAUCAAUCCUCAGCUUUGAUAGUUCGGAUAUUGCGUGUUUCCUGUAAAUAAUGACCAAAUCUAUUUUUUUGUAUCCUCUUGACGGCGGCAGACAUUGAACAUGUAUAACUGAUGUCAAACUAUACAGUACAUUGUAAAAAGAUAUGAAUUAUGUACUCACUACAGCAUACCUGAUCUGGAAGUGUGACAUUUCUUGGAUUUGGACCCGACUUUAUAUGCAUAUUCCCAUCAAGAAAACUAUCUCUGGCUUUGUCCAUGUUCUUUUCUUGCUUGAGAAGGUCUGGAGGCUACAUGAAGGUUACUACUGCAAAUGUGUGCAGUGAAGUGUAUUUGGAUUUUUAAUAUUAUACAUACAUUCAUUGCUAAAUUAUCUCCUUUUCCCAUCCCAUUCACCUCAAUAAAACCCUUUUUUUUAAUAUA